AUGGCGCUCCUCCGCGGAAACCUCCUCCGCGCGGCGCCGCGGUCCGCGCUGCGUCCGCUGUCGACGCGCACGGAGACGGACAGCUUCGGCCCCCUGGAGGUGCCGAGCGAGAGCUACUACGGCGCCCAGACGGCGCGGUCGCUGAUGAACUUCCCCAUCGGCGACGAGAGCGCGCGCAUGCCGCUGCCCAUCGUGUGGGCCUUCGGCGUGCUGAAGAAGUGCGCCGCGGUCUACAACAAGGCCCAGGGCAAGCUGGCGCCCGAGGUCGCGGACGCGAUCGCGGCCGCCGCGGGCGAGGUCGCGUCCGGCGACUUGGACGGCCACUUCCCGCUCGUCAUCUACCAGACGGGCUCGGGCACGCAGACGAACAUGAACGUCAACGAGGUCGUCGCGAACCGGGCCAUCGAGCUCCUCGGCGGCGUGGUCGGGUCCAAGGACCCCGUGCACCCGAACGACCACUGCAACAUGGGCCAGAGCUCGAACGACUCGUUCCCGACGGCCAUGCACAUCGCGGCGGCGUCGGAGCUCUCGGGGCGGCUGCUGCCGGCGCUGGCGCACCUGCGGAGCGCCUUGGAGGCCAAGGCCGUGGAGUUCGACCACGUCAUCAAGAUCGGCCGCACGCACUGCAUGGACCUGUGUGGAAAUCAAAUCUUCAACCCGACUUCAAUGUGA